UGUGAGCCUGGCCGAACCCAUAAUGGGAUUGCUUAAAGAGGCUCUCUUAGUGCCCACAGGGCAGAAAGAAUUAAAAAAAAAAAUCUAUGAAUGCUAACCAGCGUGUUCUUAGAUGAGAUUGGAAAUAUAUCUCCGAUUUUUCUUCUUCUAUGUUGAUAUGGAAAGUCUAACACUCAUUACGCUCUUUCUCCGACGAGCAGUCACUCAUUGGUAUAUCUCUGAUUCAAUCUACUGUCGUUCUUAAAUGAGUUUUAUAUCGUAGAUAUAGAUCUGUUUAAUUAUUUUUAGAAACAUGUAUGGAACAAAUAUAAAUAACACCCAAAUAAUGAAUGAAGAAUAUAAAUUAAUAUUAAAAAAAAAGUUUAAGAUUUUACGAUAUGAAAUUCAAUCAACGAACUGGCAACGUGUUCUGGUAAUGGUAAAAACGUGGGUUACAUAUUUUUGUAUAUGUAAUGAAAUCAAUUGUAUUUUCACAUUAAUUCUGUUAAAAGGAGUUUUACGUCGAUAUAUUUUUAUAUUUACUGAAGUUAAGAUGAAGGAUCAGAAUUCGAAAGAAACAAUAGAUAAUGUAGAAAUCAAAGCAUACAUGAAAAAACUUGGAUUUGUAGAUAAGAAAUUAGAAACAAAUAAUGAAAUGGAGAAAGUCAAAUCAUCAAAAGUACCAAAGAAAAUUAAAAGGAAAAAAUCCAUAAAAAUUAAAAAUCCAACAGAAGAAAAAAAUAUUGAAAAAAUUAAUAAAAUUAAAACAAAACAGAAGAGAAAAAUAAUGAUUCAAGAUAAUGAGAUUAGCAGUACUGUUUCUGAUGUUGAAUCAAAUAUUUUAACUGAUGAGACACUGCAGAAUUCAUUAUUAAUAAAACCUGGAUCUAAAUGGUUUGAAUAUAAAUUUUACAGUGAAUCUGCAAAAUCUACAACUGAAGAAAUGAAAGAUACAAACAUUGAUCUGUUGAAAUCUUUUGCUACAAAUUUGUUUCAUAAGGAUAUUACAAUAUAUCGUCAAGGAAAAUCAAUGAAGCGUGAUUAUAGUUGGAUUCGAACAGUUUUGAAAAAUGGAACAAUAGCAGAUAAAGUAUCAGCUCACACAUUAUUAAUACAGGAUUCAGCUGUUCAUAACUUAUCCAGUAUUGACUCACUUAUUUUAAUGGUUAAUGCUAAAGGCAAGAAGGAAUGUUUGAUUGCUGUGGAUACAUUGAAAGAUUUGUUUUUGUAUGAUCUGCUAUUAGAAGAAAAGAAAUUACAAAAAUUUGAACAGGUAACAUUCACUAUUAACUCUUAUCUUUAAAUUAUAUCAAAAUUAAAUUUUAGUUAAUUUGGGCUAUCAAAACUUUAACUUUGUAUGUAUUCAUAUGUAAUGCUAGAAAGUCUAUAUUAGGUGCAACCUCAAUGUUUUAUUUUGUUUCUAAUACUUUCUACAUUGGUGUAAUAACUUAGAUAGUAAUUGUUUAUAUAAACAAUAUUAGUUUUACAUAAUGAUUAAACAAUUGUAAAUAAUUGAAAAAUUUAAAAAAAGAAUAAUCAAAGGUAAUAAAAUGCUGUAAUUUAAAAUAAUGCAGAGCAAACUAAUAACAACAGACAUUUUUAAAAAUAAACAUUGGUGCUUAGAUUAAUUGACUGCUCAGAUGCUAUGGUAUUCAAUGAGGUGUUAAGGAGGUAUUGUCUAGAAUAUUUCACACUUUUUAAGUUUUGGAGUGUUUUGGUAAUUAUACAUUAAAUCUUUAUAAUUAAAAAUGAAUGGAGACUGUUUUCUUUUUUUUUUGUUUGUUUGUUUGAUUUUAAUUAUUCUGUUUGUUUGGAGAAAAUAAAGUUGUAACUUUUAUUGAAAUCACAUGCAAAUAUAAUUUUAAUUCUUAUAUUUCUAAGAAUGCUUUAACAUUUUUAAAUAUUAACCUCUUAACGACCACCUGUUUUUAAUUAUAAUGUAAUUAAGCAUAAAAAAUACUUAAAA